CGCCACAAACCGUCUCUCUCUCUGCUCUCUCUCUCUCUCCCUCUCUCACGGAGCGGGGUUAUGGGCGCCAAAGUUGGGGUUCUGCGUUUUGACUGAACUGUGACCGUGUGAGCAAGCGACUCGCGCCUCCACCCCCUCCUCAUCGUCACAUCGUCGGCGUCGACCCGAGCUCGAGUUUUUGGCAUUUUAUUUCUUCUUUCAAUACACUUGUUGGAACCAGCCAGAGUGUAGAUGAGCUCUGGUUGACCGCGCGACUGCGACCGCGUUGCGCGUGUGACCGACGCCAUGGCGCAGGAAGAUGAAGACAUUCUUGACGGCCUCGAUGAGGCGUUGGGGGAGAUGGAGCUGCAAAUGCCAACCGUGGAUCGCGAUGCCCUCACCAAGCAUUCGCUGGUCACUCUCUCCGAGCCCGAGGGCAAGGCCCUGCGGGCCCUCCUCGACUCCCUCUUGGUCGAAGGCAACGGUGAAGCUGUCUACACGAUUGGCACAGCCGUAGAACAAGAAGCUCCCGGCCUGGCCGAGGAGGAGCUGGCGCAGGCCCGCGACAACUUGGAAAAGCUCUGCAGCAAACUCAAUGCGGAAGUCUCCGAGGUGCGCCGUCGCCAUGAGGAACAAGGCUGGGUGCAAGAGGUCCUCAUUCGUCGACGCUGCGAGGGCGCUGAUUUCAUCGAAGUUCGCGUCGCCGUCGUGGGAAACGUCGAUGCGGGCAAGAGUACCCUCUUGGGCGUUUUGACGCAUGACGUGCUUGACAAUGGCCGUGGUCGCUCUCGUCAAAAGCUUUUCCGUCACCAGCACGAGAUCGACUCGGGUCGCACCUCGAGCGUGGCGCAUGACAUUUUGGGGUUUGAUGCCCGGGGCCAAGUGGUCAACCGCCCCGGCCACGAUGGCAAGAUUGACUGGGUGCAAGUGUGCACCGACGCUGCCAAGGUCGUCACCUUUAUCGAUCUGGCUGGCCACGAACGCUACCUCAAGACCACCGUCUUUGGCCUGACGGGUCACGUGCCCCACUUUGCCAUGCUCAUGAUUGGCUCCAACGCUGGCAUUGUCGGCAUGACCAAAGGUUUCGUUUCCCUCACGAAACAACGCUGGAUUCGAGUAGAGCACUUGGGCCUGGCGCUGGCGCUCAACGUGCCCGUCUAUGUGGUCGUCACCAAGAUUGACAUGUGCCCCCCCAACGUCCUUGAUGCGACGCUCAAGCUUCUGCAAAAGAUUUUAAAGUCACCGGGCUGCCGCAAGAUUCCCCUGAUGGUUUCCAACGUCGAUGAUGUGGUCGUCGCUGCCACUAACUUCAUCUCUGAGCGGGUGUGCCCCAUCUUCCAAGUGUCCAACGUCACGGGGGAGAACCUGGAUCUGCUCAAGCUCUUUAUGAACCUACUCAACUCCCACUCGCCCAAGACCGACGCUGCCCCCGCCGAGUUUCAAAUCGACGACACCUUUAGCGUCCCCGGCGUGGGCACGGUCGUAUCGGGCACCAAUCUGCGCGGCACCGUGCGUGUCAACGACACGCUGCUUUUGGGACCCGACUCGCUGGGCACCUUUCGUCCCGUGGUCAUCAAAGGCAUUCAUCGCCGUCGCACCCCCACCAAGAAGGUGCCCCGCUCGUUCAUCCGCAAGGGCAUGGUCAUGGUGGCACCCGAAGUGGAGCCCGUGGCUACUUGGGAGUUUGAAGGCGAGCUGUUGGUCCUGCAUCAUCCGACCACCAUCUCCGUCAAGUAUGAAGCCGUCGUGCACUGUGGUAGCGUGCGCCAGACCGCCAGCAUCAUUUCCAUGGACAAGCUGCACAUUCGAACUGGGGACAAGACGACUGCGCGCUUCCGCUUUGUGCGCAACCCCGAAUACCUGCGGGAAGGUGAUCGGCUCAUCUUUCGCGAAGGUCGAACCAAAGCCGUGGGCACGGUGACCCGCCUUUUCUCGUGAGCACGGGUGACGCCCAAGUCGCUGGUGCGGAUAAUGGGAUGAUUGAGACCUUGAGCAAAGGCCCCAUCGUAAAGACCAACGUCUGCCCCGUCUGGAAUGACGUCCAAUGUUCACAUGUACAAAGACGAAUCAAGCCGAGUUGGCGAGUUGAACAUGGUUCGGAAACGGGUGCAAGGCGGAGAUCUUGUGCGGCAGUGCCGCUUCUCGUGCGUGAAUUGUAAAAGAUUUGUUUUCAGACGCCUGCGCAACAUUCAAUUGAUGCAUUUGAU